AUGGAAAAUGAGUAUAUUUGUAUAGGCAGAUUUUUUAAGGCAGUUUUGCAGACAGGAGUCAUGCAGCAGGAGCACUUGUUCAAGGUUCUCGUGAUCGGGGACCUUGGAGUCGGUAAGACUUCAAUAAUCAAGCGCUAUGUCCACCAAAUCUUCUCUCAACACUAUCGUGCUACCAUUGGAGUCGACUUUGCGUUAAAAGUCUUAAACUGGGAUCAUCAAACCGUCAUCCGCCUACAGCUGUGGGACAUCGCUGGACAAGAACGCUAUGGAAACAUGACGCGGGUGUAUUACCGCGAGGCGGUGGGUGCACUCGUGGUGUUCGACGUGACACGUGCCUCCACCUUUGAGGCGGUGCUCAAGUGGAAGGAUGAUCUCGACACCAAGGUCACCCUGGGCAAUGGCAGACCUGUCCCUGCUGUGCUCUUGGCCAAUAAGUCUGACCAAUCACGCGAAGGCCUGUGCUCACAGCUGCCCAAGCUGGACACAUUUUGCAGAGAUAAUGGCUUUGUGGGCUGGUUCGAGACCUCUGCUAAGGAGAACACAAACAUUGACGCCGCAGCCAGGUGUCUGGUGGAGAACAUCUUGGCGAACGAAGAGAGCGCAGGCGUGGACUCGGACCCUGAUGUUCUGGUCCUCCCUGGCCUCAAUAACAACACCAAAGAGCGGGGUCAUUCUGGCUGUGGCACCUGCCCCAAGUUCUAACCACAGGAGAGGAGUGACUUGAGAAGGGCAUGCGAAAUGGGUGACAGUGGGAAAGAACGCAAAAGAAAAGUUGAGAUGGGGAGAGGGAGAGCGAAAGAAUGCAAAUGCUUGAGUGUAUGUGCGUGCUUGAAAGUUCUGUGCUUUCAUUAUGUAGAUUGUUAAACACUGUAUAGCUGUAUCUUUUCUGUCAAAUGUAAAAACAAAUGGCAAUCACUGAGAUUUUAAAAAGAGAAUACGUGGGACAAGCAAAGAUGGAUUAGACCGGAGCUUUCUGUUGCCAUGGUAAUACUGGCUGACAGUUGCUAUUACAUCUUAUGAAUUUCAAGGUCUUUGCCUCCAUGGUGUAUUUUGAUCAUUUGAGCGUGAACAUCAAAAAGAAGAAGAUUUUUUUUGCCACCUCAAAAGAAGGGCUAGCAGAUGCUGACAAAAAGCAAGCUAUCGCAGGUUUGGGGCAUUUCAGAUCAUGGUGUGCCAAUCAAGCUUAGGAAUGCACCUCCCUGGAAACAAGACAUUAGAGAGGGCUGAAUAAUGGUCAAAACACUGACGUCGUCUGUGCCUAAUGCAGCUGAAUGGCUGAAACGGUGAGGACGAGAAGCUCAUAAGAGUGGAUCCGUGUAUAAUGUGAACGACAUGACCUCAGACACAAGGCUGUUACUGCAGCACGUGAAACAAAACCCCAUCUCUUCCCAAAUACUGGCUCUAAUUGUAUUUCUCUUCACGUGAAAGAUAGCAUUUAGAUUCCUGUGUGAAUUGAUGGAAGACUAUUAUUGCUCUCUUGCUUUUAUAUUUAGAGUCAUUGUCUCUUUUCACUGCUUUCCUUUCCCUAUCUUGCUGCCUUGCCAUUGCAGUUUUAUGCAGGGAAGAAAGAUCCUAAGUUAGUAGUUUGUGAUGGUAUCUAGAAGGCCUUUUAAAUAUACUGAUGUUUUUAUCGUAAGUCUCUAUGGGUGCUUGAAAGGACCUAUUAAAUAUUGAGGGGUGGAAAGCCAUGUAAGCCAAUUUUGGGAAGGAAGAGUUGUUUGUGUGAAAGACUUGACCCCCUGUGUAUAGGGGGGCACUAAUGGAAGUCUAACCUGUUUUGAUAGCCUUGUGUCAUAAUGCUGUCAAAACUGAAACAAUAAACAUGAACAUGCUUUAGCAUGUCAUCUGCGGUUGGUCAAA